AUGAAGCCCAUUAAUUGUAUACCUUCAAGAACCUUGGCUAAUUUUGAAGUCUUGAGGUGCUUUAACUCUGAGAUGAAUGUUGAAGCAAGCAUUUGUAAGUUUUUCAGAAGAGUUAUAAUGAAUGAUGAGACUGUGCAUCAGUUAUGUAAACAGGCUGUUGCCCAGGCACAAGCAGGAGCAGAUGUUGUCAGUCCCAGUGACAUGAUGGAUGGUCGUGUAGGAGCAAUUCGUGCAGCUCUUGAUGCUGAAGGUUUUCAGCAUGUGUCUAUCAUGUCCUAUACAGCAAAGUACGCAAGCUCAUUUUAUGGUCCGUUCCGAGAAGCAUUAGACUCAAAUCCGCGCUUUGGAGACAAGAAAACUUAUCAGAUGAACCCAGCAAAUUACAGAGAGGCUCUGGUUGAGGCUCGUGAAGAUGAGUCUGAAGGAGCUGAUAUCCUUCUGGUAAAACCAGGUCUGCCUUACUUGGAUAUCAUAAGGCUUCUUCGUGAUAGCUCUCCUUUGCCCAUUGCUGCUUAUCAGGUUUCAGGGGAAUACUCGAUGAUCAAGGCUGGCGGGGUUCUUAAAAUGAUUGAUGAGGAAAGGGUCAUGUUAGAAUCACUGAUGUGUCUCCGACGGGCGGGUGCUGAUAUCAUCCUCACAUACUUUGCUUUACAAGCUGCUACAUGCUUAUGUGGUGAGAAGAGGUGA